UAUAGAAACGUUUCUUCGCGUGUGUAGAAAUACUUUUCGCGUCAAUAAUCUUGAUUGAUUUUCAUUAAAGCCUCAUUUUUACAUAAGUUUCAGGUUGCCUUUACCGCGAAAAUGUCCAAGCCUGUGGUGGGAUACUGGGAGAUUCGCGGGUUUGUUAUGCCGAUUCGCUACCUUCUGGAAUACGUCGGACAGGAAUACGAAUUCAAGAGCUACAACUUGAAUGACCAGAAUGAGUGGCGACAGAAUGAUAAGCAGAAUCUCGGCUUGGAGUUUCCCAACCUGCCUUACUUCAUCGACGGAGACUUGAAAAUCACCCAGUCAAACGCCAUCGUUCGUUACCUUGCGCGCAAGCAUGGGCUCAUUGCCAAAAACGAUGAAGACGCUCUGGAACAGGACACUAUAGACGGUAUAGUGUGGGAUCUGAUGGUGCAGUGGAGUUGGCUGUGUUAUUUUACACCGGAUUUUGACAAAGAACUUCAGACUUACCGCAGUGGCAAGCUCAUGCCAGUUCUCCAACAACUCGAUAAACAUCUACAGAAUCGCGAUUACUGUGUGGGGAAUUAUCUGACUUACACCGAUUUCGGUUUAUACGAGCGUCUGGACGGCAAUAAUGAAUUGUUUCCCAACAUUCUGGAUGACUAUCCCAAUGUGAAGAAGUUUCAUGAGCGCAUAGGCAAUUUAAAAGGCAUCAAAGAAUUCCGCAAUUCCAAGCGAUUCAAUCGGGUGCUCAACGCCGAUUUUGCCAAAUGGAAUGAUAAAUAAGGCGUUAUGAUGUGAACUCUGUGACGCGCUAUGAUUUUUGCAAAAUACCAAAACAUAUUAUUGAUACCGUAAAACCCGAUAUUAACGCCCUGGGCCUUUAUUUUUUCGAGAGCUUCGGGAGGGGGCGCU